AUGUCCGUGCGCCGCGGCCAGAGGCCCGCGCGGCCGGUCCCCCGCCUCUCCUGGCUGCUGUGCUGCAGCGCCCUGCUCUCCCCGGCCGCGGGCUACGUGAUCGUGAGCUCGGUGUCUUGGGCCGUCACCAACGAGGUGGACGAGGAGCUGGACAGCGCCUCCACCGAGGAGGCGCUGCCCGCGCUGCUGGAGGACUCGGGCAGCAUCUGGCAGCGCAGCUUCCCCGCCUCCGCUCACAAGGAGGACGCGCACCUGCCGCCCCCCGCCGGCGCCGCCCGCGCCAGGCCGCCCCCCGCGCCGCCCGGGAUGUUCUCCUACCGGCGCGAGAGCGGCCCGAGACUGCGCCCCAGCACCGCCCGCUUCCUGGCCCACGCCAGCGCCUGGGGCUGUCUGGCCACCGUGUCCGCCCACGAGAAGAUCCCAGGACUGCCGUUUGGGAACUGCCUGCCCAUCAGCGACGGCCCGUUGAACAACAGCACUGGGAUUCCUUUCUUCUAUGUGACAGCCAAGGACCCUGCAGUGGCCGAUCUGAUGAAGAACCCCAUGGCCUCCCUCCUGCUGCCAGAAUCUGAAGGAGAGUUCUGCAGAAAAAACAUCGUCGACCCAGAAGACCCCCGAUGUGCCCGGUUGACGCUCACUGGCCAGAUGAUCGCAGUGUCUCCAGAAGAAGUAGAAUUUGCCAAGCAAGCCAUGUUUUCAAGACACCCAGUGAUGAGGAAGUGGCCUCGUCAGUAUGAAUGGUUCUUUAUGAAGAUGAAGAUAGAACACAUCUGGCUUCAGAAAUGGUAUGGAGGCGUAUCCGACAUUGCAAGGGAGGAAUACUUCAAGGCCGUUCCAAGAAAGGCCUGAUGCUGUAAGAAGAAAGUCCUCGGUGUUUGCGUGAAAUGGAAAUCUUGUAAGUGAUGCUGCCAACAGCGACUGACUGCUGACUCUUUGUUGCCAGGGUUCACAGCCCCGUCAUCCUCACUGCAGAACGAGAGAGGGUGACCAGGGAACCCUGUGCCAGACUGGAUAUUAUAGUGGUCAUUUGCAAACCCCCAAUUCACACAAGUACCCACAUAUAUAGCCUUUGUCUAUAUUGUAUUCAAACCAGUCUCGCCAACUUGAGAAUUACUGUUGGUGGUCAAAGUGACAUGUUGAGACAGUUGCUGUUCCAUUCCUUAGGACAAAAAAAAAAUGUAUGUGCGAUGUGAUUGCAUUGUAUUGUGAGAGUAUUUUUGUUGCUUGCUGUGCCCAGAACAGUCUUGAUUUGAAGCUCACUGCAACCAUGAAGGAACUAAAUAUGCAUCAUACAGUCGGUCUUGUGUUUGGGGUGAGCACGCAGGACUGUUUAUCUAAGGAUUAUCCAUCAUGCUAUGUACUGAACUGCAGAUGCAUUAUUAAGUCACAUGUGCUAGAAUAUAUUGGUUACUUAUGAAGCUUUUGUCCCACUGUAACAUGACAGACGGUAUAUGAACACGGAGUCUGUGCACAACCCUAUUCUGUGUAAUAAGCAGGCCAUGGGAAUAGAUUAAUAAGAUGGGACAACUUCAACAUCAAGCUCUCCAGAUCCCCACUGCUAAUGCUUCUGACAGAGGGUCCCUUCUCUUAGGCACGAGGCAUGGCAUCCCAAAUAAGAAGUGUCUCCGUCUGUGGUGUAUAGAGCAGAGAGGGGAGAGGGUGAGGAAGGGAAGGAAACAUGGACAAAGUAUAAGCAGAGGAAGCAAAGAAGUCAGUAAUUGAAGGCACGCUCCCUGCCCAGAUCUGGAUCAGGCCCUUGGCAAGAUCAUCUCAUUUAAGCCUUAUAACCAGUGAGAUUCGCAUCACCAUUGCUACUUACACAUGAGAAGACUUAGGCUCAGAGAGGCUAAGUCAAUAUCCCAUGACCUGACUCCAGAACUCACUGCACACAAUGGAUGGAGUGGUGGUGGUAAUUCUAAGUCAGUCUUGAGAAAGCAACAAGAGAGUGACUGAAAUGCACAGGUGGUCAUUGGAUCAGCAUAACCAGUGAUGACUGGCCUGCCUGUGAUGAUUUGCCUCUGUCAACUACCAAAACAAAAAUUCAUCUCUGAAAUUUUGUUGUUACCACAGAUUUAAAAUUUUCUACAAAUUAUACGUAGGAGCUCCUGGUUUUUCAAGAAACUACACUGAUGUCCCUGAGUACACAUCUAAGGCCUCUAAGGAUCUAUGUGUAUCUAUCCGAGACCUCUUUUAUUGAAGUCUGUGAAGGAUCAAGCAAUACCCUGUUUUCUGUCUUUUAUAGCCAUUAUAGGCUAUAAACUCUCUCUGAUGGGUGAGGUACAUUGUAUAACCUAAAAUGCAACACUAUAUAUAGGAAAUAUACAUUUUUAAAAUAAGUGAAAAUGUUAUUAAUGGUCAUAUUUUUGUUUAAGAAAUUAAGACAUGAAUAGAGUUUGAGAUGUCAAAAUAUUUUUAAGUGACUUUUACUAAAUGCAUAGUAAGAUGCACAGAAUUCUUUAUUUGUCAAAAGUCAACUCUCAGAAGAGUUCCUAACAAUAGCAAUUUCUAAUAUAUAAGAAUAAGGUAAUUUUGAUAGCAUUUCAUACUUCUGAGUUUAAAAUUAUCGCUAUCACCAAUUUAGAGGUAAGAGGGGAAAAAUGAAAGGAUGAACCACAUAUUCCAUAAGUCAACCUCAUACCUUAAUUCUUUGAGCAUCACUACCUCCUGGUUCUGUCUUACGAAUAAUGUUCCUAUGCCAGGUUUGCUUUUACAAGCAGUUUCCACUUAGCUCAUUGAAGGCCUCUCUGUUGCUUCAAGGGAUUUUGCAGUGUGGGUGCCAUUUAUAACCACCGAUGGAUGUUAUCAGUUACUUAUCCAAAUGAUAGGAUAUGAAGUCUAGACAGGCUGGAUGAUAAGAAGAGGGUUAAAAAUGCACCUGUUUGAGAAUGAUGGGCCCCAUUCAGGCCAACGUGUUUUAGCAAAUCUCUGGAAAUUUACAUUGAUUAAAAUGUUAAAGGCUGUACCACAAUUUCUACACAUGGCAUUAAUGAAAGAAA